AUGUCAGCAAGCGUGAAUACGACCGAAGUCUUGCGGUAUUCGUGCCAUACAUUGUCACCUUUGCGCCCGAAGUGCUUCUUCAUUCACAAGACUGGGUUACAACGUAGUGGAUCACUUGUUCUAUCUACUGUGGCGUAUCACCACGACACGCGCGUCUUCGCGGUGAUGGUUAAUAGGCGUGCGGAUAGAAAGUUAUUUGCCACGGGCGGGCGCUAA